UCCUAUAAAUUUAUUUCCAGAUGUUAGGGCAUAUGCUUGUUUCCUGUCGAGUUUGGGCGUCUGACUGGGGAUACACCGAGGAAAAUGGACCCAAAACCUGGAAAAAGGAUUAUCCGAUCGCCGUAACGGGCCGCCGACAAUCGCCGAUCAAUAUCGUUAGUCGUAAGGCGGAAUACGACUCUGAUCUCAAACCAUUAAACAUCGAAUACUUACCGGAAGACGAGGUCAAGCUGAAGAACAACGGGCACACCAUAGACAUUCAGAUAACCCAGCCAGGGUUUUUGACCGGUGGUCCCGUAGGCAACCAGCAGUUCAGGUUGGCGCAAUUCCACCUGCACUGGGGAGCAGACGACACCCGGGGAUCGGAGCAUACGAUUGACGGGGAAGCGUUCGCAGCCGAGCUUCACAUUGUCCACUGGAACACUACGUAUGGCAGCUUCGCGGCGGCUGUGGACAAGAGCGACGGACUCGCCGUUCUCGGAAUUAUGAUCGAGUCCGGUGACGUGCAUCCCGGCUUCUCCGUCGUGUCGGACAACUUAGACGGGUUAAUCCAACCUGGUAGCACGGACACCAUCUCCAGCUCCCUUGACCCUACCGACCUGUUGCCAGACAACAUCGACGACUACUGGACGUACGAGGGCUCCGUUCCAAUCCCGCCACUCUAUGAAAGUGUCCGGUGGAUUGUGUUCAAGGAACCCGUGGAAUUCUCUCACGAUCAGCUGAACGCUCUUCGUAGUCUCAUUGAUUCAGAUGGCAAUCCCAUGCAGGACAACUUCCGACCUCCUCAACCAAGAAAAGGGAGACAAGUCAAGGCUUCCUUUCAAUGAGAACCAGUUCUGAAUAACUUCCCUUACAUUAUUGAAAGUGUUUACAACAGCAGACAUUGGAAAUGGUGUAUUUAUUGGAUGCAUAAAUACGGUCAAGUUACGCAUUAUAAUAGUGUAUUACUGUUUUCAUAACACAUAAGUUGUAUUAUGAAACGAGGAGCCCAUCAUGAUCAAAUACAACUAUUUGUGCAAUAGUGUGUGUGGGCAAUACACACACGAAUUGGCAUUGCAUAUCUAAGAUACUUAAAUACUUAUAGCAUUUCUCUGUAAACACUCAUUGUUUAUUGAAUUAUAAAAAAAAAUGUCUGUCUGAUGAAGAAUAAUUAUUG